GGCUGUUCUGUAAUCUAAGAAAGUAUGGACUAGAUUGCAUGACAUCACGGCUCCAUAUAAAGACCAGACCACCUGAUGUAUUAAAAAAGGAGGGGAAACCAAGAGAAACGUCGCGUCCCUGACGGUUCCUCUGGUUUGAAGAUGGCGGUCCCAACUCAAAGCAGCCGGACUGGAUCCGUUACCAGUCUGGGAAACAGUCCAACCGCAACACCAGGCGGCUUAAACAACACCCACAAGCUGUGGUGCUGUCAUGAGCUUGAUUUUAGGUCCGGAAUGAAGAUCGAAGAGCUCAACCGACUCAUCCAUGAAUUCAGUAAACAAGACCAAGGAGAGUAUGAUGACCAGAGGGCACUGGAAAUACACACCGCCAAGGAUUUUAUCUUCUCCAUGCUCGGCAUGGUGCAAAAGCUGGACCAAAAACUGCCUGUCGCAAAUGAGUACCUGUUGUUGUCUGGUGGUGUGCGAGAAGGUGUGGUGGACAUGGAUCUCAAUGAGCUUGGCAUCUACAACCGUGGCUCCAACUAUGACUUGGCCUUCACCCUGUUGGUUCCUGCACUUAAAUUGCACGACCGGAACCAGCCUGUAACGCUGGACAUGCGCCACUCAGCACUUGGUCACUCUUGGCUCAGCUUGCGACUUUUUGACGAUGGUACCAUUAACCGUUGGCGAGACUGCUGCACGCUUACUGAUCAUCUGAAUGGCACCACCAACUACUUCUUCUCACCUACACUGGUAGCCGACUGGUUCCAAGAAGCUGUUGGACUAGUACUGGCAGAGUUACAGCGCAAGCCACAAAGGGGCACCCCGAGGGUGGAGCAAGUUGAGCGUCACAACACGCUGCUCACUAUAGUUUUAGGUGUGGGCAGCAGCCGCAUGCUUUAUGACAUUGUUCCUGUGGUGUCUUUUAAAGGCUGGCCGGCAGUUGCUCAAAGCUGGUUGAUGGAGAACCACUUCUGGGAUGGCAAAAUCACAGAGGAGGAGGUUAUCAGCGGCUUCUAUCUGCUGCCUGCCUGCUCAGCCUCUGGUUGCAGAAAGAACGAGUGGCGUCUCUCUUUUGCCCGCAGCGAGGUUCAAUUGAAAAAGUGUAUAUCACCAGGCCUCAUGCAAGCUUACCAGGCGUGCAAGGCAAUAGUUAUUAAGCUACUAGCCCAACCUACAUCUAUCAGUCCCUAUUACUUACGUUGCAUUAUGUUGUGGGCUUGUGACCGACUACCUGCAAGCUAUUUGUCACAGGAAGACAAUGUUGCGCAUUUCCUGCUAGGUCUCAUAGAUGACCUGCAGCACUGCCUUGUCAACAAGACCUGCCCUAACUAUUUCAUCCCACAGUGUAACAUGUUGGAGCACCUGUGUGACGAGACCACUAUGUUUCACGCUCGUAAACUAGCGCUGGUACGCUCGGAUCCAGCCGAGCACCUGCGAUCCAUUGUUGAGCUGGCCAAGGCAGCCAACAGACUGACGCAGGAGAUGCAGCGUCGUGGGAGUUCCUCAGGACUGCUCUCUCCGCUUGCGGAUCCCUCCUCUGCUGAUCACCAGCAGUCAGAUGACCGGCUGGCCAAGAAGCUACAGCAGUUAGUGACCGAGAAUCCAGGGAAGUCUAUCUCUGUGUUCAUCAACCCUGAUGACGUCACACGACCUCACUUCCGUAUUGAUGACAAGUUCUUCUGAAAACAAUGGUCUAUUUUCACUUCUCCUCUUCUGUAAUGGUUGAACCUGAUGGGAACCUGAUGCAUGACACUGUCUAGAAACUGGAGCUGUGUCCCUAUGCCUGUAUACAUCAGACUGCAGAGGAUUUUCUGGGGGAAAUGUUCUGCAACAGCUCUAUAGCACCUGCCUUACUGAGAGGCAAAUCCAAACCACUUGCACCUGCAAAGGGUUAAAGCAUAGUGGGUUUCACGGUGACUCUGAGAAUAAAAGUCAGGGCAAGUGGGCAAUGAUUUACAUAGUAGAAGAAAAUAUAGUAUAUGUCCUCCCGUGGUAUGUUAAUUUGAACAAAAAUCUGAUGUAAUGAAUGAUAGAUUCAGACAUUGUUUUUUUUUGUGUUUUGCAUCUGUGCUGACUACACACUUCCGGAACCUGUUUGUGUUUGUGUUAUAUCCAUAUAAUGCUGUUUUUAAACCUGCGCAGUUAACUUGUCUUAUUAUUUAUUUAGAGAAAAUUACAGAAGAUAAUAUCAGAGAAAGCCAACCCUUUUCUAUAUAUAAGGGAUUGAAAUCAUAUUCCCUUAAGUGCAAUUAAAAAAAUGUUCAGUUAGAAUGAGAGGUUCUUGUAUUGACAAAAAUUGUUGUUAUAAGAAUGCAGAAUCGUUUAAAGGGGUGUGGGGUGCUUGACUUGUAGCCCUAAAACUUUCACUGCUAUUGGAGAUUAAAAGGAUGUUGUUGUGAUUUUAAAUUUUUUUUUUUUUGGAAAAUGAAUGAAUGAAAGUGACAAGCAGCUAUCCAAUAUAAGCCCACAUAUCACCAAUGUUAAGGGUGUCUCUAACAAAAUACACAGAGUAGGACAGAGGAACUAGAUACUGCUCUAAGAUUUUCAGUUCAAUGUUCUAUUCUUAUAUGAGAGGUGCAGAGUCAUUUCAAAUACAAAGGUCAAUUUUAAUGAUCUCUCAAAGACUUUUUUCAGGAUCUCUGGGUACAUAAUACUUUAUUAGUACAUGUCAGCAUUAAAUAACAUGAAAACGGGUUACAGUGGAUGUUGUCUAUUUGUGUUGUAGAUGAAAUCAUUUAUUAUCAGGAACUGGGUGUUGUGGUUAUGUGGAAAUGUGCAGGCUAGGAUAUUAUGUCACAGAAUACGCUGACUCAGUGUGUCUGUGGAGUCCACUGUAUUUGCGAACAGCAGAAUGAAACAAGCACAGUACAGUGCAGAGAAUGUGGCAGUAUCCUGUGGUGAUAAAUGUGAGGCAAAACUAUCUUGUUAGGUUUUGGUACUUAACACACUCUUGCAUGUAGGACUAAUUUCUUUUUCAUCUCAAGCCUUUGAUGCUAAUUCCAAAAUGUCAUUUUAGAGCUAGUAACAAGAGGCUUUGGCAAUUGAUAAUGCAGUCUAAUUCAGUUAUUGGAGAGAGAGAUUAACUGUAGCUUUCUGAAGCUUGUAAAGCUAGCUGAGUCUGUGUGACUGUGUUCAGCAUCAGCAUCUCUACUAUUAGCAAAACUGUAACUUUAACUGUUUCAAGAACAGUGACUUACCAAAUAACUAGAGAGUUGCUACUGAGAGAUGUCAUGUAGCUUUCAGAUGUGAAACUGUUUUAUUAGUAAAUCAACAGGGCAGCACUGGCAACACAUUUCUGUGUAUGUUUCUGUGUGUGUCUGUAUUGUAUGUGUGUGUACGCUUGUAUAAGGGAGAGAGCGGG